GGUAUGAGGUCGGGCAGCAGCAGCAGGGCGGGCAGCAGCGUGAGCAGAGCGGGCAGCAACACCAGGUUGGCCAGCACCAGCGCCACCAAGGCCACCACCAACACCAAAGCAGGCAAUGAGAGUGGUGGCGGGAGCAACCUGAGUGUGUGGGAGGUGGCGGUGACGGAGGCCAGGAGGCGGCGUACAGAGGCCACCAACCUGGAGCUGGACAAGGUGCCAAGGGAGACCACCCUCCUCAUCGUCGGCACUCGCUCAGCGGGGAAGACAACAAUGAUCCAGAGGUUCCUGGACAGGGAGGAGGCGGCCCGCCAGACCCUGGCGCUGGAGUACACCUACGGCAGGAAGGCUGGCAAGACCCUGGUGAAGGACGUUUGUCACUUGUGGGAGCUGGGAGGAGGAGCGCUGUUCACCCCUCUGCUAGCCACGCCGCUCACCGCCCGCGCCAUGGCCCGCCUCACCCUCCUGGUCGUCGUCGACCUCUCCCGCCCGGACACCAUAUGGUCCGACCUGGAAACCCUCCUCUCGUCUCUCAAGGCACAGGUGAACAAGACCGUGGAGUCUGUGUCGGGUCUGAAAGAAUCCCUGCAGGAGGAAGCUAAGAAGAGGAUCCAAUCCCACCACGAGGAAGGGAAAGAAGUGAAACCGUUCUUGGUGCCACUUGUGAUAAUUGGCGGGAAGUACGAUAUCUUCAAGGAUCUCGAACCUGAGGGGAAGAAGCUAAUUUGUCGUGCCCUUAGGUACGUGGCUCACACACACGGGGCGUCGCUGCACUUCUUCUCAGCCAAGGACGCCGGACUCAUCAAGAAGUCCAUGGAACUCCUCAGCCACUAUGCCUUUGGCACCACUGAGAGCCGGAGCCUGGCACAGGACUACAACCAGCCGCUCAUCAUCCCAGCAGGCACUGAUAGUCUGGCCACCAUCAACAUGAAUGAUGACCUCAACCUGGAUAAGUGGAAGCACAUCUACACCACAAGGUUCCCUCAAGAAAGUGAAGAACGAUCAUCAGUGUUACCAGAGGACCCAGGUAGAGACCCUACAUAUGCUGAGCCUGAUGUGGACAACCUCAGGACCCAGAAAGAUGAGGAACUGGAGAGAAUCCGACGUGAAGUUGGCAGGAACAGUGCUCGAUGGGCGGAGCUUGAGCUGACCUAACGUGCACCACUAAAUGACAACUUGAUCCUGUUCAUAAUGCCUUAUUAGUAUUAAAUUAGUAAAUAGCCU